CACGCACACCUGUUAUUCGGAACAUGUUCCAACGAGUAAAAACGAGUAUUUGAUUCAUCUUUGUGGGCUUUUUAUUACUGGAUGUUGCUACUUCGUUCUGAUUGUCUUCUGAGGCUUCUCUGAGCAAGGUCACCCUACAACAGUUCAUUAAGAUGAGGUUAUUCGUGUUCGUGUCCUUGGCUGUGUUUGUUUUUCCUGCCAUCAAGCCGGCCUGUGGACAGCAAAAUAAGCCGCCUACCAGGCAUCCAGGAACAGAUUUUUCAUGUCUGGCGGGUCGUCCUGGUAUCCCUGGACUCCACGGUACACCCGGUGCUCCUGGACGAGACGGACGAGAUGGCAGACCAGGUACUCAAGGUAAACAAGGUCCUCGAGGGUUUCACGGGACUCCAGGCAAGCAAGGACCUCCCGGAGCUCCUGGUACAGCCGGUAACACUGGUCCUCAGGGUCCAAAGGGUGACGCUGGCCCAAAAGGAGAAAAGGGGGAGCCUGGCGCGAGAGGACUCUCAGCCUAUUCGAACUGGAAAGAAUGUUCGUGGAUCAACAUCAACGAUGAUAAAGACAAUGGUCUGAUCAGGGAUUGUGUUUUUCACAAGAACUACAGCGACUCUUUCCUUCGUGUUUUCUGGAACGGGAACUUAAGGGUUUAUGACUGCAACGUUUGUUGUAAGCGCUGGUUCUUCACGUUCAACGGUGCUGAAUGUCAAGUCCCACGUGCUAUCGACGGCAUCGUGUACUUGAGAAAAGGAAAAGGCACCGAAGAUCUUCACCGUGUCCGCCAUAUUGAGGGUCACUGUGACAAGAUCCACAAGGGACCUGUUCGUGUGGGCUUCAAUGUGGGGAACUGUGCAAGUAGUGCCUCAGGUGAUGCCUAUACCGGAUGGCAGUCUACCAGCCGUCUGUUUAUAGAGGAGGUACCCAGGCCUCAGCAGUGAGAUCUUCGUUCGUUACCAGUCCCUAUAGCUAGGCACAUCAUACAGCAUUCAAUCAGUCUGGUUGUUAAUAUUCUAUUGAUAACCAGACUGAAUGAAUAGUGAAUGAAAAGUGACUUAAAAACAACGAUCAUGAUAACAACAGCCACAAAG